AUGGCCACAGCCGAUAAAGCACCAGCUCCUUGGCGCGACCUGCUCAAGUCCCAUAUGGACCAAACCCCAGGCUAUGAAUUCACAAUUGCCACCGUGGGAUUUGACGAGAAUCAACGACCAAUUCCCCGUGUCCGCACUUGUGGCUGUCGCGGCUUUUUCCCGGAACUAAAGCUGCACCCGAAAUCACAAGAAGACAUGGAGCAACAGGUCAAAGAUGGCGGUAACCCGGACACAUAUGAGAGCGACAUGCUAUGCUUUACUACUGAUAUUCGGAUGGAGAAGUUAGACCAACUCGAAACAUCUGGCCAUGCAGUUGAAGCUGUUUUCUGGUUGAAAGAUAUGAUGACCCAAUGGCGGGUCAAGGGGAAGGCAUUUGCGAUUGGGGAUCCGAGAGGAGAAGAUUUUGAAGGAGAAAAGGAAGCCCACAGGGAGCUCCACGCUUCCUUGAGGGUUAAGAAGAAUUAUGAUGGUUCUAUCGCUGAUUGGACUUGGGAUAAAGCGACUACAAAGUACUUUGCGAACCACUCGCCACUUGCAAGAGGUAUGUUACUCUCGUUGCCCCUCUUUCCGCAUGAAUUUCUCAACCAGUAUGCGUUUAAUUUAUAUCUAACCUCAAUCAAAGGCUCAUUCAAAUUUCCAUCUCCCGGGCUACCUCGAUCCCAGGCUCCUAAGGAUCCAGCUUUGCAGAUGGGACAGAGAGUGACAGAUUUACACGACCCCGUGGCUCGAGGGAACUUUAGGGUCGUAGUUAUUCAACCAGAGGAGGUCGAGCGACUGGACAUUUCAAAUCAGGAAGACAUGCGGAGAUGGAAAUGGACUCGAGGUAGCAGUGAUGCCGAAAAAGAUCAGUCUGGUUGGAUUGAGACAGAAGUAUGGCCAUGA